GUUAAUUAGCCCUCAAGGCUAACAAUUUGGCUGUUUUUCACGGUCUAGCCCCCAGCUGUGAAGAAUAACAAAAGCUCGCGCUGCUAAUGUGCACGUUCCCAGAAGGCGCGCGACUGCACAGUCGCCAUAGCAGCGCUAAACGUCUUAAAGAUUAAAGGUCCAUAAUUAGUUCACCCAUUUCGUCGUCGUCGGAGUCGGUCUCCCUAACGUGGACGCAGACACCAGCGGGACAUUUUGGAGUAUGGUGUCUUAACUAUUAAGCUCCAGGGUCGUUUUCCUCGAAAUUGCCUCCAUCUUCCUGUCCUUGUCAUGCCCAACAAACAAAUUACCAACUCGGCUGCUCCUGCUGGAUUAAGCCGUCAACAUGACCGUCCUCUCUCACUUUCGAGGUUGUUCCAGAGACUACGGCGGCAUCAUGUCGGCUCUGGGCUCGGAGUCCUGGUGGAAGAAGACCCUCUACAUCACCGGGGGGGCCCUGCUGGCUGCUGCAGCCUACCUACUGCACGAGCUGCUCGCCAUCAGGAAGGAGCAGGAGUUGGAUUCUAAAGAUGCCAUCAUCCUCCAUCAGUUCUCCAGACCAAAGAACGGCAUCCCCAGCCUCUCCCCCUUCUGCCUCAAAAUAGAGACGUACCUGCGCAUGUUGGAUCUGCCUUACCAGAACUACUUUGAUGGGAAGCUAUCACCGCAGGGAAAGAUGCCGUGGAUCGAGUACAACCAUGAGCAGGUGUCGGGGUCAGAGUUCAUCGUAGACUUUCUGGAGGAGAAACUGGGGGUCAACUUGAACAAGAACCUGACCCCACAAGAAAUAGCCGUGUCCAGAGCAGUCACCAAGAUGGUUGAGGAGCACCUCUACUGGACAAUAGCAUACUGCCAGUGGGUGGACAAUGUGGAAGAAACCCAGAAGCUGCUGGCGAUGAACGGUCCUCUGAGUGACACGCUGAAGUGGCUGCUGAGCCACCUGAACGGCAGCAUGGUGCGCAGAGAGAUGUACGGCCACGGCAUCGGCCGAUUCUCGAAGGAGGAGGUCUACACGCUGAUGGAGAAGGACAUGAGGACACUGGCCACUCUGCUAGGAGAUAAGAAAUACUUUAUGGGCUCCAAGAUGUCAACGUUAGACGCCACAGUGUUCGGCCAUCUGGCUCAGGCUAUGUGGACUCUACCCGGGACCCGGCCAGAGCAACUCAUCAAAGGAGAGCUGAUCAACCUGGCCAUGUUCUGUGAGCGGAUGCGAAGGAAGUUCUGGCCUGAGUGGUUUGUGGAGGUAGAGGACCUUUUUUAUGACGGAGACAGUGAGAGCAGCAGCAGUAGCACCCCUGCAGGCCUGCUGGACUUUGGCCUGUUCUCCAGGACUGACACUCUGGAUGACAGUGACAGUGGCAGCCAGUCCACCAGACACACACACACACCCUCCCCCGAGUCGGACCACUCGCUUUUUGACUCGGAUGUGGGGACGGGCUCCGAAAACGACAUUCAGCUCAAAGAGGAGAUGAUGCCAGACCUGGAGGUUUGACUUGUGACCAGUAAGAGCGGGACUUAACAGGAAAGCGGAAUAGCGGAUGCGGCAGGCAGCUACAGCCAGCUACAACCUGUCCUGAUGACGCUUUGCACAUCUGGAGAAACUAGUCCAGUGUCUCCACUCGCUAAUUCCAACUUCCCCCAUCAGACUGGGUGUUUAUAUGCAGAGGAUACAAAGUAAACCUCAUAAUGGCGUACCCGUUCGUCCCCUUCCUUACCAUCCGAACUGUCGCGUUGCCAGUUCCUCUUUGCCUUAUUUGUUUCGCCCUCAGAUCCAGAAGUCGCCGGCGCAAAAGUUACACAAACCAAACGUCGGAUCUCAUGAGAAGCGCGGCGACGGAGGAGGAAGUGUUGCAGACGUGACAGGUGGCACUUCACUUGUUACGAGAUGAUGCAACUAAUCACCACUCUGCCAUGUGUCAAAAACGCGUAAAUCCAUUCCAACAGGUGCAGAUUGAUCAUGUGGCUCAAAAGGGAACAGCUGCCGUGUCUCUGCUGUUUACCAUCCGUGUGCUGAAUAGUAAACACGGAUAACAGUGAGUGCCACUUCUCGUCCGUCACAGAUCCUAGUGUCAUUUCCUUUAUGCUGCUGUGUAUUGUGGAAAUCUGAUUAAAGACUGGGGAAGGAGGCCUAUGACUUCAUCAUCUCCAACCCAGGUCUAGUCGCAGGUUUAUUGGAUUGAGAGCAGAAGAAAUAAUUUGUGCCUGUAUCAGUUACCAGAUUUCAUUUUGAGUAAUUAUUUACAUGCACUUCAUGUUUAAGCUUCAAUUUUAUUCAUUUAUUUAUUACAAUUUCAGCUCACUUGAUGUGUCAGAGCCAUAUUCGACCACUAGAUGGCGGCAUGAGACAUCCCUUUUGCCCUUCCUUUGCUGUAACAUGGAGCAGACUUCUGCAGAAGAUAUGAGUCAUUUACAGCUACAAAGUAUUUGUCCUUCAUUCCUGACAUUGUAAUUCCUAUUCAUUGGUGACUUGUCAUACAGCGUGUAGGUGUUGUGUGUGGGUGCAUGCGUAACUGCAAACUGAAACUGAGCACACAGCAACAAAUCAACCUUAGUGCUCAGAAUAUUUAUAAAGUGGUGACAUUAGUCAUUUUUUUGUUCUAUCAUAAUUUAUUAACAGUGCCAUUUGAUUAUUUUUCUAAUGAGUUUAUGUUUACAAAUAUAUAUUUUUUAUUAUGUUUUUUUUCUUAUUGCUGUCAGAGAUAUAUUAUUUUUGCAAUAAUGGAAUUUCUUUUCACUUUAUGUUAAAGGAAAGUCUGCUGUAAAGGCCAAAAAGAGAUGCUGUGAUGGAUGUAACAUGAGAAACUAAAGAGGUCCUGGUAAUGAUUAUUCAGUGAGGGAGAAUGCAUCGCUCCUGUUAGCUGUGUGGAUGUGAAUGUUACCCUGCGUGAAUGUCAUCAGUGAGACAGUUCAUGAAAACUCUUUAUGGACUGAGACAGGAUUUCAAACCAAAAGUAGCUAGAUGAGAAAUGUCUGAGUAAAAACAUGGAUCAGAAGUAUCUGGGGAGCUUUCAGGUAGAAGAGCUCAAAACGGCAACGUGAUGGAUGUAAAGAUGAUUACACAACAUGAAACUAAUAGUAGACAUGUGGAUACAUUAGUUGCUUCCGCCGGUAAAGAUGCGUGAAUAGCCUUAAAAUUAAUUCAUCUUUCCUUGCUUUACCAUAAUUUCACAUUACCAUUUUUUCCAUCCAAUUGUUAAUUAAAGAUGAGGGGAAAUAAAACAUUGGAAAUAAAUAUUA